AUGGCGACACAUUACGCUGCCCAUGCCGGCUAUACUACGGGCUUGCUCGCCCCCAUCGCCACCACGCUCCUGGGGAAGGCCUUGGCGCAGGCGUCCUCCGCCCUCCUGCGUGACAUGGAGCGGCGCGCAGGCAGCACGGGCGAGACAGAGGCUCUCCCCACCGUGGAGCCCGACCUCCUGGCCGCCCUGGUGGUUUUUCUGGCGGCUGGGGCCUUGGACCUGUUGGACGGGGUGGCGGCCCGCCGGAUGAAGCAAUGCUCGCGCCUGGGGGCCCUCCUGGACGUGGUCGCCGACAACGUUCUCCGCGGAUGCAUGUGGGUGUCUUCCGCUCUCCUCGAUGCGCGCACGGCCCUCCCCGCGCUCAUCUGCAUCAGCGUCGAGUGGCUGACCCUCCUGGCCUCGCAGCUCUUACAGCACCGGGAGCAGGGGCGUCACUGGAAGAAACUGAGGACUUCGGAACCCUGGGUCGUCCGCUAUUUCUUUUCCAACAACUUCAGGAACGUGUUGGGC